AUGGCAAGGAGUGAAAGAAUCGCCCCACGCCAACAGAAAUCGAAACUGCGGGGGUUUGCAGCCGAGCGUGCAGCUCCGGGCUGGGGACACGCGUGGGUUGGAACCCCCGGGUGGCUGCGAGCAGGGGCUGCUGCCCCGCCGGCCCCUCCGGCCCUUGGGACCGUGUGGCACCCCGGGCACGGCCGCUGCUCCUGCGGCCGGGGGGGCCGGGCGGGCUCCGGGGCUGGGCCGGCGCCGGUGCCGUGUCCCGUCCCCCCCGCGGCCGCCGGGCCCGUCCCCUCCCCUCCCACCGUGGAGCCAAGUUCAAACCGCGGGCCCCGGCGCAGCGGGACGGGGCCGGACCGGGCUCCCCGGGACCCGCGGGGCUCCAUGAUUUUCCCGCGGGUGCUGUCCUGUGCUGUUCUGCUGCUCCUGCUGGUGGCCGUGCUGAGCAGAGGCAGGAGGUGCAGCAUCGCCCGGAUCCUGCGGCAGUACCGUGCCGUCAUCUUCCAUGAGCUCCAGAACCUGAGGAACCUGACGGGGUCAGUGUACAGGAGCGGGAGGGCUGGGCCCGCUUGUCGUUCAGACAAGGACCAGAGGAUCCUGCUGUCCAUCUACAACAUCAGCAUGUCCCUGCGGGAGGCGGGGGACACCCUGCAGGGCCCCGAGGAGCUGGUGGUCUGGAGGGUGGCCAGGAACACCCACACUGUGCUCCGGGAGAACUGCAGGAGAAUCAGCAAGGUAGGAGGCCCUCUGCUUCCCAGCCAUGGCAGUGGCUCCCAGUCCCCAGGGCUGUGGGCAGAGCUUGCCUUGUUUGUGCUCUCCUGGCUGCCCGUGAGGAGUCUCCAGGCUCUGCCUGCUUCACUCUGGGAGCUGGGGAAUGCUGAUGGCACAUCCACCCCUGGGAGCUUCAGAAUAGCCAGGGGAGGGAGGUUCAAUGGUGGCAGUGUGGACCAGGCUGGUGGGGUUUUACCACGGGCUCCCAAGUGGGUUUUUCCACAUGUGCCACGAUGCCACGGCUGAGGGGAACACAGGGCCUUUGUCCUGGUGGGAUUUCUCACCCUGUGGGUGCAUUCACCCUGUCCUGCUCUUGCU